AUGACUAGCUGCACGGUCAAGCUCGACUUCGGCGGAGACUUCAAAUCAUGGUCGACGGAGAUGAGCUCAAUUCUGCAGGCUAAACAGCUCUCCAGGAUCAGCUGGUUUAAUCCAAAAUAUGGACUUAUGGGAAAACUUGGCUGGCAAGAGAGCCUCCACGCGUCACUCGCCAUAUUCAGCGAGGUGGAACCGUAUCUCCUAGGACGAGUCCCUGUAGAAGACAGGUUCGAUGCGCCUCGCCUCCUCGCCCAUCUUCAGAAGCUAUGCUGGCCAUUCCGUCUCCUUUCAUUGCCUGCUGAACUUCGCAACCGGAUUUACGAUCUGUACUUCCAAUCAAAGUCGUUUGGCAACAAAUGUCGUGGCGUCCUGGUGGUCAGCUGCUAUCUGGAUGGACGCUACCGGCUGCCACCUCUGACUUACGUGAGCCGACAAAUACGAGCUGAGUCCUUGAGCCUGCUCGUGGGUACCACAAGUUUCAAAUCACUGCUACCCCCUUGCUACGACUGGGAGGGCGCGCAGCACGCAAACAGACUCGUACGAGCAUGGGUAGUGGACGCCGCCGGAGCAUACUUCAGAUACCUUCGAACUGUCUACUUCCACAUCUACUCUUUCUGGGAUUGCAUUCUCACCUUCUCGGAUCGCCACGGUUUGACAAUCGAUUUCACCGACACAAGAAAUGAACAAGUCGCGGAGCAUCAGCAGAAGCUCGUGAGCUACAUCAAGGGCCUCGAAGAGGACAGGAAGGCGUUGAACCUGAAAGGAGAGUCCAUCGUCCUUGCCAUGAUCAAGGAACCGAACGUUUGGAUCUUCGAAGAGGAUGAGGACGAGGAUGAAUGA